AGAGAGAGAGAGAAAAGCUCAACAACAAAAGCGAGAACUCUCGACUCCCAAUCUUCACGGAAGACUCGAAAAAAAGCAAAAGCCAAAGUACUGAUUGUCAAUGAAGCUUUCAUAUCCCCGUUGAUUUCUAGGGUUUUUUCGUUCUCUCUCUUCAUUCAAUCGUGAUCAAACGAUGGAACACAGCGAUCGCAAGGUCCAGUGAGUACUACUCCUUCGAUGUUUUCCUCUCUUAUUUUUUUUCAAGUUUACGCAACUCCAAUUGACGAGACGAGGACUCUGUUCAAUACCCAUUUGUUGAUUUUCUCGAUACGAACGUGUAUAUACAUAUAAAUAUAAACAUAUAUUGGCUGUUCUUGUCAUGCGAUUGUCGCGGUCCGUCUCGGUUUCGGAGCGAAGGAGGAAUCAGCGAUUGGGUAGUUUGAGGACUCGAAAAAAGCAUAAGAGGCUCGAUGCGAUAUGUGAGAAAGCGUAUAAUCAAAACCACAGGGGUGUGAGGACUGAAUCAAAUGAGUGUGGGUCGGCUGGGAAUGAAUCAGAGCUCCGGAGGAGUACGAGGGUCAGGAAAGCUCCGGUGGUGCUUGAUGCCUCACCCCCGCCCGCGAAGAAGCGGAAGAGACUUGAUAAAAUGAGUGGAAUUGAUUCUGUUGGGAGGGGAAAGAGGGAAGAUGGGGUAGAGAAUGAGCCGCUGUGUUCGACAUCGAGGGAUGUGGAGGAAGAACCUGGUAGUUGGAGGUCUAGGUUGAGAUCUAGGGCUAGAAGUGUAAGCUUUGGAGGGAGAGGAAAAGGGGGGUUUUCGCCGAGAGGUAAAAGGAAGCUUUUUAAGGAUUUGGAUGAAUUUAGUGAAGAAGUCAAGGUGAAGGAUAGAGAAUUGGAAGAUAAAGUGGAGGGAUUGGAAGGUGGUAUGUCCACGGUUGUUAGGUCGAAGAGGCCCGGGAGAAUUAAAGCUUCGAAUUUUUUGAGGAAUGCACGGCAUGAGAUUGAGUUGUGUUCUGACAAGGAGCGUGAAAAAGAGAAGAAUGAGCUGGAGGAAGACAAAGAAAAGAAUGAGGUGGAGGAACAUAAAGAAAAGGAGGAACAUAAAGAAAAGAAUGAGGUGGAGGUGCUAGAGGACAAUGAUGAGAACAUUGAGAAUGAUCCAUUGCUCUCAAAGAGUGGAGAUGGAUAUGGAAGUGAGCAUGAAGGUAAUGACUGUAAUACCACACAAUUCGUCGAGAAAGAGGAGAGUGAAGAUUGCAUUGGCGAUGACCAUGUGGAACGAGUGGAACAGGAUAUGCAGGUGGGAACACCAGAAUCUGUGAAGGAGGGAGAAAAUCAAGGGGAUUCUGUACAAGCUGGCGGAGUUCUUACUGACCAAGUGAAAGAUGGAGGAUGUCACGAGAAACCUUUGGAAGAUGAGAAUGUUGAGAAGGUUGAUAAGAUGGAUCGUGCUUCAAGUGAUACACUUCGAAAGCUGCGUGUAAGAGAGGGGAGAAGAUGUGGCUUGUGUGGGACAGGGACUGGUGGGAAACCUCCGAAGAAAUUAGUGCAGGAUGGAGCUGGGAGUGAUCACGAGGGAUAUAGUGGAUCGUCAGCAUCUGAGGAACCCAACUAUGACACAUGGGAUGGAUUUGGCGAUGAACCUGGCUGGCUUGGGCGCCUCUUGGGUCCGAUAAAUGAUCGAUAUGGUAUUGCUGGAAUCUGGGUUCAUCAACAUUGUGCUGUAUGGAGUCCAGAGGUUUAUUUUGCUGGUUUGGGAUGCUUAAAAAAUGUUAGGGCAGCUCUUUGCAGAGGAAGAGUAUUGAAAUGCACCCGCUGCGGGAGGCGAGGGGCAACAAUUGGAUGCCGUGUUGAUCGUUGUACAAAAACAUACCACUUGCCUUGUGCACGAGCUAAUGGUUGCAUUUUUGAUCAUCGCAAAUUUCUCAUAGCCUGCACAGAUCAUCGGUAUCUCUUCCAACCUCAGGGAAGUCAUUAUUUUUACAAGGUAAAGAAAAUGAAAACUAAGAAAAUGAAAUUGGAAAUGAGAAAGCUGUCAAAUGAUGCUUGGCGGAAGGAUGUUGAAGCAGAAGAAAAAUGGCUAGAGAAUUGUGGUGAGGAUGAAGAAUUUUUGAAACGUGAGAGCAAGAGGCUACAUCGUGAUUUGUUGAGAAUUGCACCUGUGUACAUUGGAGGCUCAAACUCUGAAAAUGAAAAACAAUUUCAGGGUUGGGAAUCUGUUGCUGGGCUUCAAGACGUCAUCCGAUGCAUGAAGGAGGUUGUUAUUUUACCAUUGUUAUAUCCUGAGUUCUUUAGUAAUAUGGGACUUACACCACCUAGGGGUGUUCUUUUGCAUGGCUAUCCUGGAACAGGUAAAACGUUAGUAGUGCGUGCGCUAAUUGGUUCUUGUGCUCGUGGUGAUAAACGGAUAGCCUAUUUUGCUCGCAAAGGAGCAGAUUGUUUAGGAAAAUAUGUCGGUGAUGCUGAGCGCCAGCUAAGACUUUUGUUUCAGGUUGCUGAGAAAUCUCAACCAUCUAUAAUUUUUUUUGAUGAGAUUGAUGGGUUGGCACCUUGCCGCACUAGGCAGCAAGAUCAGACACAUAAUUCAGUUGUUUCCACCUUGCUUGCUCUAUUAGAUGGUUUAAAAUCUAGAGGCUCAGUUGUAGUAAUAGGCGCAACAAAUCGUCCUGAUGCUGUUGAUCCAGCUUUAAGACGACCUGGUAGAUUUGAUAGGGAGAUUUAUUUCCCACUUCCGUCAGUUGAGGACAGAGCAGCUAUUCUCUCGCUUCACACACAAAGUUGGCCAAAGCCAGUCACUGGAUCAGUGCUCAAUUGGAUUGCUAGAAGAACUGUAGGUUUUGCUGGUGCUGAUCUGCAGGCUCUUUGUACCCAAGCAGCCAUUAUUGCCCUGAGGAGGAACUGCCCCCUGCAAGAAAUAUUGUCUGCUGCUGAAAAGAAAGUUUCUCAUGGUAAACGUCCUCCUCUUCCCAGCUUUGCGGUGGAGGAGAGGGAUUGGUUGGAGGCUCUUGCAUGUGCACCACCUCCAUCCUCUCAACGGGGAGCGAUGGCUGCAAAUGAUGUGGUAUCCUCACCUCUUCGCAGCCAUCUUAUUCCUUGUCUGCGGCAACCACUGUCCAGAUUGCUUGUUGCCCUUUAUCUUGAUGAACGUCUCAUGUUGCCUCCUCAUCUUUAUAAAGCUGCCACACUUGUCAAAAGUGUAAUUGUUUCUGCUUUGGAUAAGGAGAAAGUGCCGAGUGAUCAUUGGUGGUUCCGUGUUCAUGACUUGCUUCAAGAAGCAGAUGUUUUGAGGGAGAUUGAGAUUAACCUUUCACGUGGUGGCAUUUUAAUUGGACAGGCUAGUGAUUCCAAUUCUGAUGAUUGGGGUGAGGGUACUAAUGAUGACAGUUUGAAGUUCAAAUAUCCAAAAGUGCAGCAAAUAGGUACUCGCCCUAGUUUGUUGCAGAAUAUAUCUUAUGCAUCAGGAAAGAAGUUAGGAUUCCGCAUGCUGAUUUCUGGAAGCCCCAGAUCUGGCCAGAGGUAUCUUGCUUCUUGCCUUCUCCACUGCUUUGUUGGGAAUGUGGAAAUCCAAAAGGUUGAUUUGGCUACAAUUUCACAAGAAGGACACGGAGACGUAACUCAAGGAGUAACUCGAAUAUUAAUGAGAUGUGCUAGCCUAGGUUCCUGCAUGAUAUUCAUGCCGAGAAUUGAUUUGUGGGCCAUAGAGACAUGUACACAAGUUGAUGGAGAGGAAAGUGAUUCCUCUUUAACAGACCCUGAAUUGUCUGAGGACAUGUCUUCUGUGAAGCACAGUCAAGUUGUUGAAAAGGAAAACCAUUCCUGUGAGCAGUUAUGUGAAUUAUCAGAGACGGAAGCCUCUCAAGAUGCUUCCAAGAAAACGUCACAUAUCUGGAGCUCAUUUGUUGAGCAGGUGGAGUCCAUGUGUGUGUCUACAUCUUUGAUGAUUCUGGCUACUUCGGAAAUGCCAUUCCCUGUCCUCCCUCUUAGAAUAAGGCAGUUCUUCAAGAGUGAGAUGUUGGAUUGCGGUCUUUCAACCCCUUCGGAAGAGACAAUACCCCGAUUCUCUGUGGACCUUGAUGGGAAUGUCAACCGUGAGACUGUAAUAAAUUCAUCUGCAAUAGAGUUAUCAAAGGAUUUAAUCCAACAAUUUGUUCAGUUGAUUCAUCAAAGAACUCAUGUCCGUUCAAGUUCAUGCAUGGAGAACAAAAGUUGUGAUCCCAUUGAAGAUGAUGCAAAUAAAACGUGUCAUGGCAUGGGUCCCGAACCAGCCAAUGAACAUGAGACAACACAAUUUCCUGAGAAUUUUGUUACGAAGGUUUCAUGCCCACCAAACAGAUCUCUGAAAGGGAAAUCAAGCUUGCAGUUGGCAAUAUCUACGUUCUGCUUCCAAAUUCUGAGAUAUCCCCAUUUUGCAGAACUUUGUUGGGUCACAUCCAAGUUAAAAGAAGGUCCAUGUGCCGACAUAAAUGGACCUUGGAAGGGCUGGCCUUUCAAUUCUUGUAUCAUUCGUCCUAACAACUCAUCAGAGAAAGUAGCCGUUGCUUGUAGCUCCAGCAAUAUUAAGAGCAAAGAAAUAUCUGGUUUAGUUAGAGGCCUAAUUGCUGUUGGUUUAUCAGCCUACCGAGGCAUGUACACCUCACUUCGAGAAGUUUCCUCUGAGGUUCGGAAGGUUUUGGAGCUCCUAGCUGGUGAGAUUAAUGCUAAAAUUCAGGCUGGGAAGGAUAGAUAUCAAUUUAUUCGUCUUUUAUCACAAAUGGCUUAUCUUGAAGAUGUGGUUAACAGCUGGGCAUAUACACUACAGAGUUUGGAUGUCGAUGCUCAAACCACGAUGCCAGCCCUGAAGUUAACGGGAUCUCUUGAUAAUCAUAAGAGAUGUGAAGAUAAUAUACCUCGAAAUGAUGGGUGCAAGCUAGAUGUAUCUAUGAAAAGCUCCCUUGAACUUGAAGUGAUUGAAGGAAAUCCACAAAGAUUUGAUUUAAACAAAGAAGCAGGGGAUGUUGAUCCAAAUUCCGAGGGAAGAGUUGUUACAGAAGGGCUUCCACAGGAAUUGGUUUUGGAACAUUCUGCCCCUGCCCCUGCCCCGCUCCCUGAUUUGCAUUUUCAGACUUCAGACGCUGCUCUUCCAUUGGGUGGUAAACCAUUGAAUGAACAGAAUGGGAUUAAUCCCGAACCAAGUAGGGCAGAGAAUCCCAGUAAUUAUUCAAGUGUCGAUGGAAACUUUGGAUCUUCGAGAUAUUCUAAUGGAUUUGCACAUUCAGAUUCUGCCACCCUUCUUGGGGAUGGCCCUUGUUCAUCAGGUGAUGAUCUGGGUGGUGUUAAUCCCUCUAGCUCCCAAGAAGCUCACAAUCAGCAAAACGGUUUGACAAAGAAGACUGGUAUUCAAUCUCAAGAUGGCAAGCCAAGUUCUGAUGAUGAACGCAAUGUGCACACCAAUUUCUCUUCCAGCAACAUCACCGGUCAUCAUAAUGAUUCUGGGGUUGUGUGCUUUUAUCAAUGUUGCUCUGAAUGCCUACUCAACCUUCAUGACACAAUGCAGAAGAUUCUCAUUUACGAAUGGGGAUUGAAAGAGAGUGAUUGCACGGUGGAGGAUGUCCAUACUAUGGUCUCGGCAUUAUCAGUGAAUCUCUAUUCAGCAGUAAGGAAAUUGUGUGGUGCCGAAAGCUCAUGCACAUUAUUCGACAAAGAACAUGACACCACAAGAAAAUUGGUUGAAUAUCUGGAGAUGGACACAUGUCAAUGUAAGGGUUCACAAGAUAGACCAGUGAUGCUGAUGGAAUGUAGCUGUCAUUCAAGAAGCAAGAAGAGUGCGACUGCGAGAGCAAAUUCCUCUCUAAAUACCCAACAUGGCCUUGAUUUGAAAUUCAUCUACAGAGACGGCGUGCUGUCCCCUGUAGACUCCGGCAAGAAUGUUUCUUUUCACUGUAAAUUCAAAACUUUAUGCCUUUGUUCUCUUAUAGAGUGGAUAGUAAUGACCAAGAAGCCUUCGGAUUGAUGUGAUGUUGUCACAGCAACGUUUCGCUUCGCCUUUGGCAAUUUUGAUGUCCUUGCGGAAUUUAGGCGUGAUAUAUAUAAUAUAUGUGGUCCAAGAGAUGUAAAAAAUCAAAAUUUUGUCAUUCCGAAUUCAUUUCAACUGAGUUUUUACAUGAGCAACAAACAAAAGGGGUUGCUUUUUUCUUUGCA